AUGUCUGUUUCAGUACAACCAACACCAUCGCCAGCUACACCUGCCGCCCCCGCCGUUGCCAAGCCCAUCGCCGCUCAGGGAAGAAAGGGCCCCAACUUGAACAUCGUGCUUACAUGCCCUGAAUGUAAAGUGUACCCUCCCAAGAUUGUCGAACGGUUUAGUGAAGGUGAUGUCGUGUGUGCCCUGUGUGGACUGGUGCUUUCUGAUAGGCUCGUGGACACCCGUUCCGAAUGGCGUACCUUUUCCAACGAUGAUCAAAAUGGGGAUGAUCCAUCCCGUGUGGGGGAAGCUUCAAAUCCACUAUUGGAUGGGAAUAACUUGUCUACAAGAAUUGGACAAGGUGAAGGUACAGAUAUGAGAUUUACAAAGGAACUGAAUAGAGCCCAAGGGAAAAAUGUGGUGGAUAAGAAGGAUAAUGAGGUACAAGCUGCGUUCGCUAAGAUUACUAUGCUUUGUGAUGCUGCAGAAUUACCUAAGAUUGUCAAAGAUUGUGCUAAGGAGGCCUACAAGUUGUGUCAUGAUGAGAGAAGUUUGAAAGGGAAGUCUACGGAGAGUAUUAUGGCCGCAUCAAUAUUGAUUGGAUGUCGACGUGCUGAAGUGGCAAGAACUUUUAAAGAAAUUCAAUCCAUUAUUCACGUUAAGACUAAAGAAUUCGGGAAAACGUUGGGGAUCAUGAAGGGAAUACUGCGAGAAAAGAGUUCAGAUGGGUUCAUUAAGAUUAAUACAGAUAAUAUGAGUGGAGCCCAAAACUUAACUUAUAUCCCCAGAUUUUGUUCGCAUUUGGGGUUGCCCAUGCAAGUUACUACCGCAGCAGAAUAUACUGCAAAGAAAUGUAAAGAAAUUGAAGAAAUUGCAGGGAAAUCUCCAAUCACUAUUGCUGUGGUGUCCAUUUAUUUAAACAUUCUUUUAUUUAAGAUCCCUGUUACUGCGGCAAAAGUGGGUCAGAUUUUACAAGUCACUGAGGGAACAAUUAAAUCAGGUUAUAAGAUCUUGUAUGAACAUAGAGACAUAGCAGUGGAUCCACAAUUAAUUGCGAAUGGAACCGUUUCAAUGGAUAAUUUACCCAAGUUAGAUAAAGAUAAAAAUACUAGAAAUGAAAAGAAAAAAGUAUGA